AUGGGGCAGGUGUGUUGUGGACACGAGGAGCAUUCGCCGGAGAUGAAGAAGCACAAGAAGGUGAGUAUUCACACAUUCUAGAACACCGAUACAAAACUUUAUCUUGACCAAACAAAUCCACAACAACUGUUAGCUACUAAACCUCCUUUCAGAAGCAAAACAAACUUGUCCGCUUCUUCAUGACUGGUCUGGGCUCUGCUGGCAAGACCACCGUGAUUCGACAGCUCUUGAUCUUAUGCAAGGAAAAAGAUUCGUACAAGCUAUGCGACGACCAAUGGAACGAGUUGAAGGAGUUGCCAGAAGAAGACAACGCAUUUUGGUUGUUGACUGUUCGUACCAAUAUUAUCGAUGCCCUGGACUUGAUGAUCAAGGUAUUAAACUUCCUCACAGCUAUCUACAUUCUUUAUAAGCAACUUUACUCCCUUCUUUCAGCAAUUAGAAAAGGAAGGAGUCAAAAUCCCCGAAGAGUUCGAGGAGACGGCCAAGCAGUUAGACGAGAUCAUCGAAAAGACCGAAGACGACAGCCGAGACCUUGGAAUCAAUUUAGAUUCCGACGAAUUCCGAACAAAACUGCUCAAUCUGUUCAAGAGCGACUUGGUAAGUCACGAAUUACUCUUCGACAGUAAAAUACAUCAGCUUUGAGAUCUGUUAUAAAAGUCCACCGGUCACAAUGGCCUUAUAUAACAGCUAACAAAGUUAAUGUAUGGUACCGUAAAGGGAUUUCUUAUCUGCUUUCGUCAAUAUAAGUAAAGAUUCAUUCAAUCUCCUUCUUUCAGAUUCAAGAAGUCUGGAAGCGAAAGAACGUGAUUCGAGUCGAUAAUCGAAAACUUUUCGACGGUUGCGACCACUUCUUGACUGUCGAGAAGAUUGACGCAAUUUUCCGGCCUGGAUACGAGGUCACUCACCGAGACAAACUACAUGCUCGCAAGCCGACAACAGACAUGCAUACUUAUCGUGUUCGAAUCGGAGAUUUGGACUUGGAAAUCAACGAUGUCGGAGGUCAAAAGAGCGAGUUGCGGAGGAUUAUCGAGUAUUUGACAAAGUUUGCGCUGGGAGUAAGUGUAUUUCAAAGAAACAGCAUAUCAUCCUCCAAUAAAAAGAUGAUUGUUGUUGCUAUUCUCUCAUAAACACCCAUGACAAAGUUCACAUCUCACGUUGACGAUUUAAAUUUUCAGCACGACGGUGAUGGAGUCUUCAACUACAUACUUCUCGUAGUUCCAGUCAGCGAUUUCGACGUGGAGCACGACGAAUAUGAGGGCACCCUGCUAGACGAAUGCGUCUCCUACAUGGAGAACAUUAUGAACGUGCCCGUGGCGCAACGCUGCGGCCUGUUCAUCUUCUUCAAUAAGAGCGAUCGAUUCUUUGCGAAGCUGAACGAUCCAGAAUGCCGGAAUUCCAUCAAAUACUUGGCCGACCAUCUGACCGCGAAACAAAUCAACGAGUUUAAGGGGAGUGGAAAGUUCAAGAAGGAGGUGAUGGAGUCGGCAGUGAGUGCCAAGUUCGGAGAGGUCAUGCAUAAGAUUCCCAAUCGAGCACAUAACACUUCAUCAAGGUAAAAAUUCUAUGUCAAAUGCAUUUCUUUUAUCAAACUGCCCAUGUUUCGUUCCUAUCUGCCCCGUUAAAAACAUUUAAGCCUCCAAAUUAUUUACAGAUUCACCUGUGCUGUGGACAGCAAGAUGAUGGAUGGGUUGUUCAGUGCGAUUAGGUCAGAACUUAUAGAAAAGGGCGAAGCCACGGAUAUUUUAUAA